GAGCUUUCAAAUAAAUAAUAAAACACGGUUCACAAAAAUGUAAAACGAAUUUUAUUGUAACCGGAAAAAGAUCCUUGACCACGCCACAAGUCAGCAUAUACUUAAAAAUCCAAUAAAAUGAAAAACUAAACCUAAGCCACAGAUAAAUGUCGUAUGAAUACAAUAGAUUUUUAAAUCACAUACAAACAUAAACAAUGUCAUCAAAACGUUACGUUGCCCAUUGGCUAGCCAACGUGCUGUGUUACAACCGUACUAUAACGCCAUUGCUCAUCAUAAUACUCAUGUGCCAGAAAUGUCAUCCACAAAGACUUGAAGUACCCGUCGAGGCGAUAGUUGAUCCCAAAUUUAGUUCUCCAAUUGCAAAUGUGACGGCGCCCGUGGGACGUGAUGCCUUUCUCAUUUGUGUCGUGCAGGAUCUGGGCUCGUAUAAGGUUGCGUGGCUGCGUGUCGACACACAAACAAUAUUGACGAUACAAAAUCAUGUCAUAACCAAAAACCAACGCAUCGGCAUUGCGAACUCGGAGCACAAAACCUGGACGAUGCGUAUACGUGAUAUUAAAGAGUCAGACAAGGGCUGGUAUAUGUGCCAGAUCAACACGGAUCCCAUGAAGAGCCAAAUGGGCUACCUCGACGUUGUAGUACCGCCGGAUAUCCUAGAUUAUCCUACAAGCACGGAUAUGGUCGUACGCGAAGGCAGUAACGUGACGCUCAAAUGCGCUGCUACCGGUUCACCAGAGCCGACAAUUACAUGGCGACGUGAAAAUGGAGUGGCCAUCGAGUUGGCCAACGGAGAGGAGGUACCCAGCAUUGAAGGUACGGAUUUGAUAAUACCGCGCGUUAAGCGCCAGCACAUGGGCGCCUAUUUGUGCAUUGCCUCAAACGGAGUUCCACCUUCAGUCAGCAAGAGAAUCACGCUAGUGGUGCACUUUCCUCCUAUGAUUACCGUGCAAAAUCAACUGAUUGGUGCUGUGGAAGGCAAAGCUGUUACUUUGGAAUGCCAAUCGGAGGCAUAUCCCAAGUCGAUUAAUUAUUGGACACGUGAACGCGGCGAAAUUGUACCACCGGGCGGCAAAUAUUCAGCAAAUGUCACAGAAAUCGGCGAUUAUCGGAAUGCCAUGAAACUGCACAUCAAUCCACUCACACAGGCAGAAUUCGGAGCCUAUCGGUGUGUGGCCAAAAACUCACUCGGCGACACAGACGGUACCAUCAAACUAUACAGAAUACCACCGAACGCUGUGAAUUAUGUGGAUAACUAUGAAGCACGGCACAAAGGCAAAAAACGCACGAAAAGCUCCGAAAUGUAUCAUCCAGCGCGAGCGCAGGAGCACAGCGGCGAGGAUAUGGAGAAUCCAGGUAAACGAAAAGCCGAUCUGAGUCUUAGUGCCGAGACCAUGGACAGCAUAUAUGGCCAAGCCUCGGCAGCUGCGUCACUGCGCCAAAGCCAUCAGAGCCAUGUGAGAUGGGGCUUCAUGUUGUUGUUGCUGGCUUUGACGUCGAUGAGGACGAGGAUGACGAGGAUGACGACAAUGCUGACAGCCUUGCCAACAACGCUGUGGCAAAAAAUUCAACAGACGUUGUUGCCGCAAACACAAACACAUGUUUGACACUGACGGGGCCGAAUGGCAACUGCCCCAACUUCAGCCACUGGAGGAACAAUGCGAUGAUGGCGCUGGCUCUGAUUCGGUUGCCACUGAUGAGGAUGAUGAAGAAGAUGAUGAUGUUGAUUGAGUUUGUCAAUGUCAUAUGCUGCUGGAGUAUUUAGUGCUGAUUUAUGGCGCAACAUUUUAGUUAAAGUUUGACAAGUUUCAAGUAACAAGUUUCAGCUAACAAGUCAAUCAGGCUUCCUUACCGCUCCCACUAGUCCCCCUCUCUAGCUCUCUUUCACACUCGCUAUUAA